CGCGCACGCUCUAGCAUCCGACUCAAGCUAAAACAAGCUGCAGAGGCGUCUUCGGGCUGUGCUCAUCUAUGCUGGGAUAACAAACGGGCCGUGAAAGUGCUUUGGCUGCGUGUGCCAGGAAUGGAUCCGGGACUUGGCACGACGUCUGGAGGGUUGUAUCUGUCAUUGAGUGAAAAUGAACAAAGACGCUACACAGAUCUUCUUCACACUUUGUGCCAGCCUGACAGCUCUGGGAAAGUGCCGGUUAGCAAAGUAGGAGAGCUCUUCCGAGCAUCCCAGUUACCUGCUGAGACACUUCACCAGAUCACUGAACUAUGUGGAGCAAAGCGCCUAGGGUAUUUUGGCACCCGACAGUUUUUUUUUGCUCUGAAGUUAAUAGCUGCAGCACAAUCGGGUCUUCCAGUACGGAUAGAAAGCAUUAAGAGUGAACUUCCCCUUCCUCAGUUCAUGGGGUUGAAGAAUGAUUCUUCAGAAUUAAGGAUUUCCAGUCAUUCCAAGAGUGCAGAAAUCUCUGGGCCUCAAUCGGGGAUGCUAGCAGUGAAAAUCCCUCGUCCCACACUUAUCAAAAACACAAAGCACAGUGAAGGCAUGACAGAAAAGCAGGAACCAUGGUCACCGCCUCUGUCUCCUAUUGGUUCCCCUCCACAUUCUCCUGGCUACCAAAGCUCACCUUUAUGUUCCUUUGGGAAACAAAGGAGCAGCACCGACCACAUUGAAGUGUCCAGUGAAACAAAGCAUUCAAGUCUGACUGCUACCCUGAAAGAAGGAGUAUCUUCAAGUAACUAUGGAAUUAGCACUUCACAUUCACAUUCCACUGCCUUGAAGCUGCAAUCUAUGGACAGAAGUACUGAGGAGAUCUCUUCUGUUUACCCUGAUGACCUGUGGAGGAUAAAUGAGGAACAGUGUGAAUAUUAUACAGUUCAAUUUAAAACCUUACAGUCUGACCUCAGCUCUCAUAUUUCAGGUUCUGUUGCAAAAAAAUUUUUUACAAAAUCUAAACUUUCUAUUCCUGAGCUGUCACAUAUAUGGGAACUCAGUGAUGUGGACUGUGAUGGAGCGCUGACAUGGCAUGAAUUCUGUGCUGCUUUUCAUCUAAUUGUGGCCAGGAAAAAUGGGUAUCCUUUGCCAGAAACUUUACCACCCACUUUACAGCCUAGCAUGCUCCAGAUGGAUGGAGCAUCUCAGGAGCCAAAGCAUAACAAUGCAUUUUUUAGUGCUUCUUUUGAAUUACCUCCAUUAUCACACAUACAGAAGGAGAAUUCUGAGGAGAUAAAUGUGAUGGAAUCCUCUCAUAUGCCUUCUGCAGAUGCUGAUGUUUCUUCACAUGAACGACAAAGUGAUAGCUGUAAGUCAGCUGUCAGUCUAACCAUGAUCCCGGAGGUGAAAGGCACACCAACAGAAAAUCUACCCUUUCUAGGUGCACUUGCAAAGAGGGGUAACCUAAAACAUACAGAUCGUACUCAAGAGAUGGAUCCACAUCAUAAAUCUUGGACUAGACCAAGGUCCUACUCUAGCACUUCCAUCGAUGAUGCAAUGAAGAAGUCUGAAGAACCUCCCACUCCACCACCCAGACCUCAGAAAACACACUCAAGAGCCUCAUCCCUUGACCUUAAUAAACUUUUUCAACAGAAUAACCAAGGUGGGAAAAGUGCCUGGUUGCCUCCUCCUCCAGCUCUCCCUCCAAGGCCUCUUCCAUCACAGGUUACCAUGUACAACUCUGGUUCAGAUGGAGCUUCACUUCAAAAAGCUGGUCACCAAUCAAAUUUUGCAGACUUUAGCAAGUACAUAGAAGAGUCAGAGACUUCACAGACCCAGCCUCCAAUAAAACCAAUCCGAAGAAAGCACCGACCAGAAAGUCAGAACUUGGAAAGUCUGGAGACUGCUGCAUCCCUGCCAUCUUCCACUUCUGUUUCGGGGUCCAAACCACAUCUUCCUGUUCAAAAACAGUCCUCCAAGGUGAAAAAGGCUACCCAGACUGCUAUCCGCAAGAAUAAAGAGACUAAUGCAGUCCUGGCUAGACUCAACAGUGAGCUACAACAGCAGCUCAAAGAAGUUCACCAAGAACGGAUUGCUUUGGAAAGCCAGCUUGAACAACUUCGGCCAUUCUCUUUCCUGUGACUCUCACUUUCCUGUUUCCUUGUAUAAGCAAAACAAAGAAUUUAGGCUGACUGUGGGGCAUCAAUGUGGAAAUGUAACGUAAUCUCACAGGCAUAGGAAGGCCCUUCUGCUUUGUUCACCCCAGGAUUGGGACAGUGAAAUGAGCUUUCUGAAGUGGAUGGGCAUGGAAACUGCUUUCACGAUACACCUUUGUUGCAGUUCCCUACAUUUACAGUUGUCCUUUUAUGUAUAUGUUCAAUAAAGUAAGAGGAUACUGCUG